AUGGCCCAUUCAGCGACUACGGGGAAGACACUGGAUUUAUUCAAGAAACUCCUGCGCGGACACGGCUUUCAGCAAUUCAGUCGAGAACAGAACACCGAUGACAACACCCUGAUGCGCUUUCUGGCCGCCAAACAGUUUGACCUUCAGGCUGCCUGUCGACAAUUCGAGUAUUUUCAGAAAUGGAGAAGAGAGCAUCAGAUACGGCACUUCUACGAGGAGCUUGAUGUUGACGCAUACGAGCUGACCCGGCAAAUGUACCCACAAUGGAUCGGUCGGCGAGAUCGUGAUGGACGCCCGGUUUACGUAUUUCCAGUGAGAUAUUUCACCAGGGACAAACUUGUUGAAUACCUCAAGCUGGUUUCUGCUGCUCCAAAACCCGCCAGCCACGAGGUGUCUCCCGUCCCCGCAUUCGAGCUGCAUUUUCAUGCUCUGUAUGAAAAUCUGCUGCAAUUUGUCCUGCCGCUUACCUCUGAGCUUCCCCGCCCGGAUAUGUCACGUCCGGUGUCAUCCUCAACGCACAUUGUGGACAUUAGCGGCGUCAGUCUGCAGCAAUGGUGGUCGAUCCGUCAGUAUCUCCAGCUGGGCAGCACGCUUGCCACGGCCCAUUACCCGGAAACUCUAGGACGAGUCUUCGUGGUCGGAGCGCCGGCGUUCUUCAGAUCUAUUUGGGAAUUGAUCAGCCGAUGGUUUGAUCCGGGCACCCGGGCAAAAAUAUCAAUCUUAUCCUCCUCGGAAGCCAAAUCUGUCCUUCUUCGUUAUAUCGAUGCUUCGGACCUGCCUCAGGAAUAUGGUGGCAGUCUAGAGUGGAAGUGGAAAGACCAGCCUAGUCUUGAUCCCGCAGCAAGAGUGCUGGUGGAUGAGUUGUACCACAAAACUGAUCGGGGCGAGGUGUUUCACAAGGGCCCAGUGAUUUUCCAAGAUGGCUGUAUUCGGCUGCUGGGCUCUGUCAAAGGUAAACCCAGACGUAAUGCCUUCUGUCGGGUUUAG